AAUAUGGUCGGGUGCACCAGAGCAGAAAGACCCCCCUCCUCUAAUCCACUCCUUACGCAAAUAAACCUUCAUACGUUAUGUGACUGCUUGAAUAGAGGUUGAACAUUAGGAAUCUAAAAAGAGAAAGUCCUGAAAAGGGAAGCUGCUUGUUGUGGAUAUUAUCGACCACCAUGGCUUCCACACCCUCCACCUCUGCCCUGUCUGCUGUUCUCCGGUGUCGGGGAAAUAUCUGGACCAGGAAUCCGCCGACGAAGCGGCCUGCCACCUCGGCGUACAGCCUGGGUCUGACCGGCGGCUCGCCAGCUGAGCGCACCCGGUCAAACCAGGCGUCAGCGUGGGAGCCUUCUCUCCAAGGAGACCGUGUACUGGUGGGAAGAGUAUAUAAAUCACCCCGGGUGGUUGGCAAAAUGUUGAGAGAAAAAGAUUCCAAUGAAAUGAAUACAUUGUCUCACCCAAAACUUUCGCAAUCCGCAGGGGACGCGCACUCAUCUGGUGUCCAAAACGCGCUGGUGCGUCAGCAGGCAAGCAGACUGACUUUUAACUUGCCUGGAUUAGACACGUGCUCUCAAAUAAUUCGAAAGAUUAAUUGCAAAACAUAUUAUGCUACACACAUCUGUAAAAUACUAUUUGUUCAGGAAAUGAGUGUAUUCCCAGUUUUGAACGUGCUCAUAACGUCUCCGUGUGUGAUGGAGAAUGCAAGACAAAUACCGUCUUUCGUGUUAACUGGCUGGUCAACCCUGAAGAGUAGCUGUGUGUCUUUGACUGCUCUGGUGUCAGAAUUCAUGUUUUUAAAGCUGGCGGUGUUGUGGAGGUCCAGCAGCAGCCCUGAUGAUGCGCUAAAGCGGCACAACAUAAAAAGCAAUGCCCUGCAGGCCAAUGGACAAAUCCACAGUCCCCCUGGCAUCACCUCCUCCAAGGACAACUCCGGCUCUGGACAAAUGAUCCCAGAGGACAGACCUGACUGAGAGUCCAAGGCCUCAGCACCAAAAACACACACUGUGAUCUAACCUUAUUUAUUGACUUUUACUUGGCUUUCAAAAUGCACAAAGCACAUUUGGACUUUAACCCAGUGAUACAACAACUGGUUGUUUUUAGAGCAGUUUGUUUUUUUGCUUUAAGGAAAAGUAAGACAUUCUGUGACAAGAAAUACCUGAGAAACAUCAGUCACAUGCAUUGUUUAGUACAUUAGGCCUCCUAGUGGAGAGGUAAAAUAAUGGCAGUGCAUUUUAUUUUUGAGGUUACCCUGUAGCUAAACAAAAACUUAUUUUGCAAACUGGAGUAAAACUAAAAGUAGGCCUAUUACAUCUCAGAAAAUGGAAAUAUUCCAAGUUUAAGUACAAACUAAAUGUGGAGGAAUAAUUGAAAGAUUUGUACUUAUUCUUUCCUCUUGUGUUUUGAAGAUGUUUGCUUGAUUUUUCACUCUGAAAUAUAUUUUGGAUAAAAAAUAUAGAUCCCUACAAAUGUCAAAGAUCACUUGCAUAAAUGUAGCCAUCUUUUAUACUUUCCAGAUGUUUUAACAGUGUCCUGUAAAGUAUGAAAGUCCUGUCAGAAGAAGUAUAUCAGAUCUUUUACUUUAGUAAAAAUAGCAUAUAUAGCAAUGCCUUUUAUUUCCACACAGCGUUAUUACUACUCUUACUUAAAAGAUCUGAGUGCUUCUUCCAUCACUACAUGUGAUGCUAUACCAUGGCCAGUCGUUAGCUUAGCUUAGCAUAAAGACUGGAAACAAGGGCAAACAACUAUAGCUCAUCUGGCUCUGUCCGAAGAUAAGAUCCACCUACCAGCACCUCUAAAGCUCAUUAAUUAACACGCUUUAUUUCAUUUCUUUACGUAAUAGGUUAUGUGGGCUACAAAAACUGAUGGCAAAAAUUACAAUUCCCCAUUUAAGGCCCAACUAGUUGGGACAAGUAACUCUGCUGGUUGCCUGGCAAGUGGCACUAGCCAAGAAAUAGUUUGGCACGUAAACCCCCAUAAAAUGUCUUUACACUUCUUCUUCUUUCAACAAAUGAGGUAUAAUAUGUUAAUCAGUGAGUUUACGGUGCUGGUUGGCAUGAUUUGUCACAUUUGGACAGAGCAAAUAGUUUUCCCCCCAAAAUAGUACUUUUCCUUUAUAGGCCACUUGGUUACAGUCCCCCACUGCUGCUGAAAUGACCUGGUGAAAGAAGUAGAUUGAGUCAGAAAUUUUACUCAAAUCGAAGUAGCAAUACCACAGUUUAAAAAUACUCUUUUACAAGUAAAAGUCAUACAUUCCAAAUCUUACUUAAGCAAAAGUACAAACGUAUUGACACCAAUCAAUUACUGGAUUAUAAUUAGUAAUGCAUUCUGUGUCCAUCACUUUAUUUGUGGGGCUAAUUACUUUUAUACAUGUUGGGUGGCUUAAUAAUAAUAAUAAUAAAUAAUAUAUCAUAAUUCAUUAGCCUAGUUAAUUCUGUAUUAAUUAUCUGAAUCUGCAAAGUAGUAACUGAUAAAUAGGCCUAAGUGUAAUGGAGUAUAAAGUACAAUAUUUCCCUGAAAUGUAGUAAAGUAGAAGUAUAAAGUAUCAUAAAAUGGAUAUACUCAAAUUAAGUAGGCUACAAGCAGUACCUGAAAAUUGUACAUAAGUAGGCCUGCAGUACAUGAGUAAAUGUAGGCCUAUAUUAGUUAAGUUACUUUACACCGUUGGAAACACCCUACAGAUAAAAAGAAGUAGGAAGGAAAAACGCUGUUAUAUGCUGUUUGGGAGAUUGUCAUCAGUGUAGAUAAUGAAAACCACAUUUCUCCACUAAACCAAACACUUUGCCAAUGACUUCUCUGCAGCUCAAGAAAAAAAUGUAUGUUGUUACAUAAGAUAGGAUCUCUUCAUUACCAUAUUUCGACGCCACAGUGUGUGAAAGCAGACAAUAAAUGUUUACAAAGACAUCAAAGGCUGCUGUUUCUUAAUUAGCUCCACUGAGAGCCGCUCGGACGUCAAAAUGUUGCGUAAUUUCUCAAGGUGACAGUUAGGGCGGGACUUCCCGUGACUGCUCGCUACCCAGGAAGUCGUCGUGUUACUUUUCCUCCUCCUCUUCCAGUCUUGUGAGAAACAAGGUAAACUAAAGGGGUGUUAAGUUGCUUUUAUAGCCGGGAAACUAACAAGAGAACAGUUUCACGUCGGCUCCAAACCGUCCUCUCGGCUCCUGUUGUUUAACUUUGCUGCUUGUCAUCGAAGAAAUGGCCACAAAAAACAGACACGCUCAAAAGAUUAAAGAGGAUAUUGAAAGUUGAGGAUCUGUCAGAAUCACAACUUUACUCCAAGAUGAGUCCUGUCCAUCGUAUUCCGUCGAUCUUCACCGUCAUUGACACUGUAUUGUGUCCCUAUAACUUUAGUAACUUCCCAGUGAGCCAACAAAGUGUGACUCCAGAUCUCUGAUUAUGUACUUGUGAUGAUACACAGGCUGCCUUUUCCAUAUCCAUUCCUAUCGUCUGUAACAAGGACUCAUCUUUCAAUUCAGACCCUGUCCUCCUGAACCCACCGUCCUCCCUUUUAGUUUCUGGGCCAUGUUUCGCAAGAGAGGCUCUCUCAUUCUUUGUGGUACGUUCCUGUUUAUCACCUGGAAUGCCAUACUGGUGCUUCUGCUGUGGGGCAGGCCAUCACCCAGCCAGCCGGGCGGAGAGCACGGAGAAGUGGCUGAAAGGCCCACUAAUGAUAUGAUGGGAGAUGUGCUCCGAAUGGCAGACACGUUUGAGGCAGAGCUUGAAAUGCAGAAAGAAAUCCUGAUGCAGAUCAAGAAUCAGCAGUCACUGUGGGAGCCGUCAAACGGAAACGGACCUAAGGUUGUCGUCCCACGUCAGCCUGUCAUUCCCGUGCUGGUAAUCGCCUGUAACAGGGUCACCGUGAGGCGCUGCUUGGACAAACUCCUGGAGCUCCGUCCUUCAGCAGAGCUUUUCCCAAUCAUAGUGAGUCAGGACUGUGGAAACGCCGAAACUGCUGAGGUGAUCCGUUCUUAUGGAAAUCAAGUAGUUCAUCUGAAACAGCCGGACUUGUCAGAUAUCGCUGUGCGACCAGAACAUAAGAAGUUUCAGGGUUACUACAAAAUCUCCAGGCAUUACCGCUGGGCUCUUAACCAAGUGUUCAAGACCCUUUCUCAUUCCUCCGUUGUGAUUGUAGAGGAUGACCUUGAGGUGGCGCCAGACUUCUUUGAGUACUUUCAAGCGUUGCUGCCACUCCUGAAAUCCGACCGCAGUCUGUGGUGCGUGUCGGCCUGGAAUGACAAUGGCAGGGAUGGCUACGUGGAUCCAGGAAAGGCCAACCUGCUCUACAGGACAGACUUCUUUCCAGGUCUGGGGUGGAUGCUCCUUAGGGAGGUGUGGGAGGAGCUGGAGCCCAAGUGGCCCGCUUCAUUCUGGGAUGACUGGAUGCGUCAACCAGAGCAGCGCCGCAACCGUGCCUGUAUACGUCCAGAGAUCUCACGAAGUUUAACCUUUGGCCGGAAAGGAGUGAGUCUGGGUCAGUUUUAUGACAAGUACCUGCGAUACAUUAAACUGAAUACCGAAUUUGUGCCUUUCACCAAGUUAGACCUGAGUUACUUAAAGGAGGAGACGUACAGAGAACAUUUUGAGAAGGAAGUUUACAGUGCUCCCGUGGUUACAUAUGAAGAUGUUAAGCAGGGGCAGCUAAAAGGAACUGGGCCCUUCCGCCUUCAAUACUCAAGUAAGGACAGUUUCAAAGUGCUGGCCAAAAACCUGGGAGUGAUGGAUGACUUGAAGUCUGGAGUCCCAAGGACAGGAUACAGAGGAGUUGUCAGUUUCAUCUCAAGAGGAAAGAGAAUCUACUUGGCCCCUCCUCCAGGAUGGACCCAGUAUGAUCCCACCUGGAGCUGAUCAUCCAGAAGAAAGUGUAUGUGCAUAAGCCUUUAUGUAAUCUCUGAAUGUCAGUUGGGGAAAACAUUCCAGACCAAAGACUGGUGUACUUAAAGUUUCUCUUUGAGUGAAUCAUAUACAGUAUAAGUCUUAAAUAAUGCUGAAUGGAUUGCCUCUCUUCCUGGUGUGCCAAUGCUACUCAGGUCUUUUUCAUUAUUCCAAAACAAUCUUAUAGUGUAGGAUACAGCCUGAACAGUUUGUUAGACAAGACUGCUGUAACUCACCAGAUAUCUAUUUUUAUAUUCUGCUAAUUGUGCACAUGACAUCCAUUAAUGUAUUCAAUGCAAUUACCUAAUUUGCCACUUUUGUUUAAAUUAUUUGCAAUUAAUGGUAGUCUAUGUGAACUGUUAAUGUCUGGUACGAAUAUGAAAAUUAUAAUCUGUGGUAUGGUUGCUUAUGGUGGUGGUGACUGGUCAUAACUGCAGUAUAAGUCAUUUGAUUAUCAUUGUCUUCUAUAAAAAAUCUGUUCUUCCAGCUUACAUUUCAAUGUCAAAUAAUUUUGUUGAAUGAUUCUCCAAUGUAGUACACCUUGCAGGUUUGUAACCUAGCUGAGUUUGUAUAUUUUUGGCAUUAAAAAAACAAUUUGCUUUUUGA